CAGCCACUCAGCCACAGGCUGAGGGGAGGCUCUGACCCGGGCAGCGAGUCAGGAAGGCAAAGAUCGCGAAGCCUGGCGCCCCGGAGCGCUCAGCGCCAGGUGACACAGCCGUGGGCUCCCCGGCGCGGGCUUGACAGUUUCAUCCCCGCCCACUCGCAGGAGAGCGCCCCGCCGGGCUGCACGCGCGCGCGCAGGGGGCCAUAAAAGCUGCGGCGGCGCGGAGACGCCGAGCUCGCCCACCGCCCGGAGCAGCGGCCGCGUCAUGCAUGUGAACGGCAAAGUGGCGCUGGUGACCGGCGCGGCGCAGGGCAUUGGCAGGGCCUUUGCGGAGGCGCUCCUGCACAAGGGCGCCAAGGUAGCGCUGGUCGACUGGAACCUUGAAGCAGGUGUAAAGUGUAAAGCUGCCCUGGAUGAGCAGUUUGAACCGCAGAAGACUCUGUUCAUCCAGUGCGAUGUGGCUGACCAGGAACAAUUGAGAGAUACUUUCAGAAAAGUUGUAGACCACUUUGGAAGAUUGGACAUUUUGGUCAAUAACGCUGGAGUGAAUAAUGAGAAAAACUGGGAAAAAACUGUGCAAAUUAAUUUGGUUUCUGUUAUCAGUGGAACAUAUCUUGGCUUGGAUUACAUGAGUAAGCAAAACGGAGGUGAAGGCGGCAUCAUUAUCAAUAUGUCAUCUUUAGCAGGUUCAUGAUGCCUGACCACCAUACCUGUUGCCUUUCUACUGUUUGUCGCUGGCCAGUCUGGACAGGCCCUGCCACCUCUCCUUCCACCCGAGCUUUGUCACUAAGGUGCUUUCAUCUGAGAAACGGUAUGAAGAUGUACGAUCUUGUAUUUUGUCCACUCACCAAGCGCUUCUAUUCUUCCCAUAAUAAGAUGAGUUCGAUAAACAUUCAGGAUUUUGUAAUGGUAGAAAAACAGAACCUCUCAGGUGUCACACUUUCCUCAGAAAUGUGGUAAAAAAUCAUCUACCCUUGAAGUCACAGCAUGAUGGGAGAGGCCAGAUGACCAAAAGAGUCUUUGAGGAGUUACCGGAGUCAAAGUAAUUUUUUUUUCCAGUUUUAUUGAGGUAUAGUACACAAAGUGUAGAAAAAAGCAUUUCUAACGCUUGCUUCCUCUGUGUUUUCCAAAAGUGCUUUCCAAACUUUCUCUCCUCACAGAUUUUUCCUCUUUUCCCCCUUACUGCUCACUCUAUGAAGGGAAUAGCUUUGGGUCCUGUUGAACUCAACCAGUCUUUCCUCACGGUCUCUUACGUAGAUUCGGUGGAGUCCUUCACUGUCAGUAAAACCUUAAGUUGAAACACUGGUUUGGGCAGAGAAGUUAAUGAGUAAUGACCACUGACGCAGCCCAAGUAUCAAAUGCAAUUAAUUAGUUUAACAAACAGGAGUAAAGCGGAGAGUGAUCCCUCGGUGUACUGAGGGAAGGGUGUGCUCCAUCUGGAAGCUCCAGAAG